AUGCAGGUCUCUCUCAACGAUGGUGCUCACCAGCUCCGCAUUUUUCACAACAGCCCUCUUCCAGAUCAGCCCUUCUCUGUCAGUUCUCUGGCUGCAUCAGGACGGUAUGUGCCCUGUGCAACCCUGCUGGUGAGGCUUCUCAAGGCUCCUGUGAAUUCCAGCCGUCAAACCUUGAAAAGGACCGCGGUCCCCCAGACCAACUGGGCCAAGCUGGGUCUCUUCCAGGCCCAGCCUGAUUACUCUGAUGGAGUCUAUUAUUCAGAUUCAGCCAAACCCUCUGCAGGAGAAAGUUGCUUCUAUGAGGCCAUGGCAAACAGGUCUGUUGUCUCUGUUCGGGAAAUUGUUCACCAGUUUGCUGGAAAUAACAGCCUAAGCACAGAUAACGAGAUCUCCAACUGGAUCCACCAGAAACUCACCCGGCUACCUGGCAACAUCUCCCAGACUUUCAACCUCACCUAUGUCUCCAGAUACAUCCCAGCCUAUGGUGUCAAGUUUGCCCUGGACAGAGCCAUGAACUUGCCUUGGGUUGGCUUGACAAUGGCCCACUUCUGCUUCAACCCACCUGCAGCUUUUUAUUAUGGGAGCCAGUGGAUGAAGUACGAUUACCCCAUUUUUGUCAAGGCACUUGACAUCAACAGUUUCCAGCAAUGGCCCUCGUGGCUUGAUGGCUUCAAGUCCUGCCCGCACAGGGCUUACCAUGAAUAUGCAACGGUGAUUAUCCAUCUGUUUGAGAAAGAGUGA